GGAAGUUCACUGGAUAAGCCGUGCAGCGGCACACGGGCCAUUUUGUUGGGGCGCUUGGCCAAAAUUAGCUGUCAGCUAUGAACAUUUUGCCCUUUUUACUCGGGAGAGAGUUGUCUCGUAGGCAGAUGUCGGGCCGGGUCCCUACAUGACGGUUGGGAGCGUUAGGAAUGAGGCGGACGGGCGGCGGGCUGGAGAUUACCGCAGUGUGGCCGCUGUUGUGUUUUUGUACGGGUUACACUGCUAGCUGUUAGUUAGCGGGCUAAGUUGUGAGCAGAGCGGAGGAGCUGCAGUUCAGUUUAACGUUAGAAAGCAAGGCUAGCUAACGCUAACGCUAGUUUCCUCUGAACUUUGACAGUUAUUUUAACCGCUAGCUUAUUAAAUAGUUUGGAGGUGGCGUUGGUUUAUACACAUUUAUUUUAGCUUUGCUUUCAUUAACGUUAACUAACUAACUUAGCUAAAGCCGGAGAGUAUUUUAGUUAGCUCGCUUAUUAGCCGUUCAACCUAGCCUAGCUAACGCUAACAUCCCCCGCUAGCUUAGCUUCUUCGUCAACCUGGAGGUAAUAAUGGCAGAAGACACCCGACAGAACAAGAGGGCGAGUUUCUCCGGGCUGGCCGAGCACAGCAACGGAGUCACCAAGAGCCCCGCUGCCGCCGCCGCGAUGGCGUCCAAGUCAGGAGCGUCGAAAAAGCUGGUGAUUAAAAACUUUAAAGAUAGACCCAAGCUGACAGAAACCUACACAGAGGACACAUGGCUGAAGCUGCGAGAUGCUGUCGGUGCUAUCCAGAACAGCACCUCCAUCAAAUACAACUUAGAGGAGCUUUAUCAGGCGGUGGAAAAUCUUUGCUCUUACAAAGUCUCCCCCAUGUUAUACAAGCAACUUCGGCAAGUGUGUGAAGAUCACGUCCAGGCUCAAAUCCACCAGUUUAGAGAAGAUUCUCUGGACAGUUUAUCAUUCCUGAAGAGGAUGAACAGAUGCUGGCAGGAUCACUGCAGACAAACAAUCAUGAUCAGAAGUAUUUUUCUGUUUUUGGAUCGCACAUAUGUUCUUCAGAACUCCUUGCUUCCCUCUAUAUGGGACACAGGGCUGGAGCUGUUCAGGACACACAUUGUGAGUGACAACAUGGUCCAGAGUCGCACAGUUCAGGGAAUCUUGGAGCAAAUUGAGCGUGAGAGGAACGGGGAGACUGUGGAUCGAAGUCUCCUGCGCAGCUUACUGGGCAUGCUUUCAGACCUGCAGGUGUAUAAGGAGUCUUUUGAGCAGAAGUUUCUAGUGGAUACGGAUCGCUUGUAUGCUGCAGAAGGUCAAAGACUGAUGCUAGAGAGAGAUGUUCCUGAAUAUCUGCAUCAUGUAGCACGAAGACUAGAGGAGGAGAACGACCGUGUCAUUAGUUAUCUAGAUCAGAGCACUCAAAAACCACUCAUUUCUACUGUAGAAAAGCAGCUUUUGGGUGAACAUAUGACGGCCAUAUUGCAGAAAGGGCUCAGCACUCUGCUGGAUGAGAAUCGUGUGACUGAGCUGACUCUACUGUACCAGCUGUUCAGUAAAGUGAAGGGAGGUCUGCCUGUUUUGCUGCAGUUCUGGAGAGAUUACAUUAAGAGUUUUGGGGGCGAGAUUGUCGGCUCUCCAGAGAAAGAUAAGGACAUGGUUCAGGAGCUUUUGGAUUUCAAGGACAAGAUGGACAAUGUGGCGCAACGCUGCUUCCAGAGGAACGAAAGUUUCAUCAAUGCCAUGAAGGAGGCCUUCGAGAGCUUCAUUAACAAAAGACCCAACAAACCAGCAGAGCUUAUCGCCAAAUAUGUAGACUCUAAACUACGCGCCGGCAACAAAGAGGCCACAGAGGAGGAGCUGGAGAGGAUUCUUGAUAAGAUUAUGAUCAUCUUCCGCUUUAUCCAUGGUAAGGAUGUUUUUGAAGCGUUCUACAAGAAGGAUUUAGCGAAGCGCCUGCUGGUGGGCAAAAGUGCCUCAGUGGAUGCAGAGAAAUCCAUGCUGUCUAAACUCAAGCACGAGUGUGGUGCUGCCUUCACCAGCAAGCUCGAGGGUAUGUUUAAAGACAUGGAGCUGUCCAAAGACAUCAUGAUCCAGUUUAAACAGUACAUGCAGAACCAGAGUGAACCCAGCAACAUAGAGCUGACUGUCAACAUCCUUACCAUGGGUUACUGGCCCACCUACACCCCCAUGGAGGUCCAUUUGCCUGCGGAGAUGGUGAAGCUUCAGGAGGUGUUCAAGAUGUUUUAUCUGGGAAAGCACAGUGGAAGAAAGCUUCAGUGGCAGCCCACACUGGGCCAUGCAGUACUCAAGGCUGAGUUUAAGGAGGGUAAAAAGGAGCUGCAGGUGUCAUUAUUCCAGACCCUUGUUUUGCUCAUGUUUAAUGAAGGGGAGGAGUUUACGCUGGAGGAGAUCCAGACAGCUACAGGAAUUGAGGAGGGUGAGUUGAAACGUACACUGCAGUCGCUGGCCUGUGGGAAAGCUCGCGUUCUUAAUAAAAACCCCAGAGGGAAAGACGUAGAGGACGGAGAUCGCUUCAACUUCAACAUCGACUUCAAACACAAGUUGUUCCGCAUCAAAAUCAACCAGAUUCAGAUGAAAGAGACGGUGGAGGAGCAGGUGAGCACGACAGAGCGAGUGUUCCAGGACAGACAGUACCAGAUAGAUGCUGCAGUGGUGAGGAUCAUGAAGAUGAGGAAAACCCUCAGCCACAACCUGCUGGUGUCAGAACUCUACAACCAGCUCAAGUUCCCUGUCAAGCCUGGAGACCUGAAGAAGCGCAUCGAGUCCCUCAUCGACAGAGACUACAUGGAGCGGGACAAGGAGAGCCCCAACCAGUAUCACUAUGUGGCUUGAGGUCCGGUCAGGAGAUGCUGGAUGGACCCGUUUGUUUGGAAACCGGGUCCCUGCUUUCCCUCCCCACUGCACGCAAACAGGGCUGACUGGCCUGAGGACAGCUUCUAGACCCACCCUGCAAUGGACCCCCCUGAAACCUGCAGUUCCCACUAAAGGAUAAACAGGGUUGACACUGGGGGGAUGUACAGUUCUUUGGAGGGUUGGGGUUGUAAGGUUGAACUAUUAGGAGGAGCUCAAGAGAUGAACGCUCAGCUGAAGAUUUCCACAAAAAGCACUUUUUUCCACUGUUUUCUUUUUUCUUUUUGUUUGAUUUUUUUUAGUUAUGAUUGUUUUGUUUAGUCUAUCAGUUCUAUCAGUUUUAUGUGGAAUCUCUAUCCCUCCCUCCUUUGUGUCUUUUCCUCCCUCAUAUUUUAAAUAUGUUUUGUUUGUUUUGACUGCUGAUUUGUCCAUAGAAAAAAAAAACAGCUUCUAGAAGAUAAGACUAUGUUAGUUUGAUGGUGCAAACGCAGCAACGCAAGCAAAUGGCAGCAGAUCCUGUGGACUUUGUGGUUUCAGACCAUUGUCUCUCAGGCUAAUGGGGGUGGGGAGCAUUUGACACACUAACACACACACACACACACACACACACACAUCUACAAAAUUACCUACUGCUCUUUAGGCUUCACACACUGAAAAGGAUAAAAAAAAAAAACGAUAAAAAGAAAGAUGUAUGAUUCUGUGUUAUGGCUUGACAAAGCACUUUUUCGUGUGUUUGUGUUACGAGUGUCUGCGUGUGUGUAACUGCGUGUUCAUCACCCCACCCUAAUUCUACUUCACCACAAAAUAUCUCUGGCAUGUCAAAUUUUUUGUAGACCAGGAGAUUCUAUUCUUUGUAAGUGCAGAAAGAUAUCGAAAUAAUUAAAUCAUAUUUAAUUAGAA